CCGGUGGGGCGCGGGGACCCCGGGCGCCUCGGCCCAGGCCUGCGGCGGGGCGUCCUCGGCCCGAGACCCCGGGACCCCGCGGGCCUCCGGCUGUUCUGCGGUCCGGGUUGUAAACAUUUCCGGCCCCGCCCACUGCGCGCCGCCUCCCCGGCGACCUCAGAGCCGCUGAGGGCGUGGGGGCUGCCGGCUGCCCAGCGGCCAGCAGUCCCGGCCGUGCUGUGUUCCCGGCCCCCAGCGCGUGAGACGUCAGGACUCGGGCUCUGACUCGGGACGGGUCAGGCCAGAGCUAAGUCCGCUCCACAGGCUGCCGCCCAAGUGUCUGCCAUCACACGGAGAUCUCUGCCCUCCGGGGCUGGGGCCCCAGCCUUUCCCUGGGCUGAAACUGCAGGAUAGCAAGGGACCAGCCAGAUGUCUUCUCACAAAGGGUCUGCGGUGGUACAGGGCAGCGGGGCUCCUGCCAGUAACAGGGCGGCAGACACGGUGGAGCUGGCGGAGCUGGGACCCCUGCUGGAAGAGAAGGGCAAACGGGUAAUCGCCACGCCAAGCAAAGCUGAAGAAGAGCAAGCAUGCCCAGUGGCCCCAGAAGAGGAGGAGGAGGUGAGGGUCCUGACACUUCCCCUGCAAGCCCACCACGCCAUGGAGAAGAUGGAGGAGUUUGUGUACAAGGUGUGGGAAGGCCGCUGGAGGGUCAUCCCGUACGACGUGCUCCCGGACUGGCUGAAAGACAACGACUACCUGCUGCACGGCCACCGGCCGCCCAUGCCCUCCUUCCGCGCUUGCUUCAAGAGCAUCUUUCGCAUCCACACAGAGACCGGCAAUAUCUGGACCCAUCUGCUUGGUUUCGUACUGUUCCUCUUUUUGGGAAUCUUAACCAUGCUCAGGCCAAAUAUGCACUUCAUGGCCCCCCUGCAGGAGAAGGUGGUUUUCGGGAUGUUCUUCCUGGGCGCCGUGCUAUGCCUCAGCUUCUCCUGGCUCUUCCACACCGUCUACUGUCAUUCAGAGAAAGUCUCUCGCACUUUUUCCAAACUGGAUUAUUCAGGGAUUGCUCUGCUGAUUAUGGGGAGCUUCGUCCCCUGGCUCUACUACUCCUUCUACUGCUCCCCACAGCCACGGCUCAUCUACCUCUCCGUUGUCUGUGUUCUGGGCAUCUCUGCCAUCAUCGUGGCCCAGUGGGACCGGUUUGCCACUCCCAAACACCGGCAGACAAGAGCAGGCGUGUUCCUGGGCCUGGGCCUGAGCGGUGUGGUACCCACGAUGCAUUUCACCAUCGCCGAGGGCUUUGUCAAGGCCACCACGGUGGGCCAGAUGGGCUGGUUCUUCCUCAUGGCCGUGAUGUACAUCACUGGGGCCGGCCUCUACGCGGCUCGAAUCCCUGAGCGCUUCUUUCCUGGAAAGUUUGACAUUUGGUUCCAGUCUCAUCAGAUUUUCCACGUCCUGGUGGUGGCGGCAGCCUUUGUCCAUUUCUACGGGGUCUCCAACCUGCAGGAAUUCCGCCACGGCCUGGAAGGCGGCUGUACUGAUGACUCACUCCUCUGAGCCGUCUCACCGGAGGGCGGGAGGGACUUCCCAAGUGCUUUUAAACACAACUUCUUUGCUGAAGUGACAGGAAGAGUCUCAGUUGUCUGUUUCUAGAGGAAACCUCUUAGAGAGUUGAGUCCGAGCAAGCUUCAGCCCACUUCCCACCCUGGGACAGUAAAUUUUCCAUUUCCCUGGCUGAGGGAAGGUGGGGGUGGCCACACGUCACCAUGCCCCUCCUUGGCAGUCCCCUCAGCAAGGCGACUCUGUCCCUGCAGAGUACUUUGAAGCUCAUGUUGAGAUUUUACCCCUCCUCCAACCAUUUUGGGGAAAAGUGAUGAACUGGGACUCUUCGGAAAUUCUGUUUCUGGAAGAAAAAGUCCCUCCCUUACCGCGUCCUUACUUUGUAACCUGGCUUAUAACAGGCCACCGUUUUUGUAGCACACUUUUCAAAAACAAUUGUAACCGGUCCCAUCUUUCCAGGGCCUGAAUCUGCUUACACAGCAGGAAGAAUAGAGUCACCAACUUUGAUGCAGCCCGGCUAAUCAUGCAAAUGUGUCCAGGCUUCAGAUAACUUGAGUUUCAAUGUUUUUUUUUCUUGGCAGAGUAAUGUAAAAUUAAAAAGGGGAAAGAUAUUUAAUAUUUAAUACUAAGCUUUAAAAAGAAAUCUGCUAUCAUUGCUAUGUAUCUUGAUGCAAAGACUAUGGUGAUAAUAAAAGAAAGUACAGAAGACA